UUCAAGUCUGCAAUACCUUGCCCCAUCCCACCUUUUGGCGCUUCUGAAAAACUCACUCUAGUGUAUUACCAGAGGCUUCAAUAUAGAAGCCUAUACACGUUGUUUGAUAAACACAAGCAUUGCCUGCGACUUGCUGCAUCAAAGAAGAAGCCAAGAACGUCCAUUAACUUAAAGAAUGGCCAAGAAGAUCCAUGGGAAGCUUCAUCAAACUUAUCACUUUCCCAUCUCUGUUAUUUACUCAACGGCCCAAUCCCUAGGAAAAUUGAGUCCAUAACCAGAUUCAGAAGGAGAGAGAAGAUUGAUCAAUUGAAGCCAAGGGCUGCAAAUUCAUGCCCUCUCACUCCUCUAGACUUCUUGGAAAGAUGUUCCACUGUUUAG